UUCGCGGAUAUGGCGGCAAAUUCCAGUUGGGACGCGAUCCCCGAUACGGGAUAAUCGCGAAAUGGAUGCGUGACCGGUCGUCGCGACUGUGCCGCGCGUUUGUCAACGCAUCACACGCGUCCCGGCGAAACGGACGCGGUUAAUCGAUGACGGACGAGAGGCGGAAACGCGUCCCUCGCGACGUUUAAAACACAGUCCGCGCGCGAUGCACGGUACCGCAUUUUGAAGCACAGUGGCGACUUAUCAUGGCGGCGUGAUUUUUUUUCGCUGCCAGUUGUGUGUAUCUCGUUUACUCUCGCGUGUGUACGUGACGUCUCGCGCCGAGGAAUCCGCACGAGUGUUAGCUGCACGUCGGCUGCGGGUCGGAUUAUGGUUUCUGUGCCGCGUGCUAAGCCGAACAUCACCCCGAGAACUUGUGGCUCGUCGCACGUACUAGCGAUAACGACGACGUAUCUCCGAUAACAACGGCGCAACGGUUCGACGAAUAAGCUUCGGUGUUUAGUUCAAGAACCCUUUUUAUGUACAUACACGCGCACACGUAUGCGAAUGUAUGUAUGCACACAUACAUUUGUUUACAAAUUUGUAUUCCGAAUAAUUGUACUCCGGGCAGUAGUUUUUGCACUGUAAUGCUAUACCGUACGCAAUUGGACAAUAUACACCAGGAUGAACAAGCGUCGUAGAACAUCCUCGGUGGCGAGUCGCGGCACCGAGGACGACGGUGACGAUAUCCCACCUGAACCAACAAAAAGAAGGAAAAAACUAGACCCUAGUGACUUGUGCCAACAAUUGUAUGAUGUACUUCGUAAUCAGAAGAAGGAGGACGGAACCCUGUUGUGUGAUGCAUUUAUACGUGUGCCUAAGCGCAGGCAAGAGCCAGGAUAUUACGAAGUUGUUUCUAAUCCUAUUGAUCUCCUAAAAGUGCAACAGAAGCUGAAAACAGAUGAGUAUCGUGAUAUGGAUGACCUUGCUGCUGAUAUUCACCUUAUGGUGAAUAAUGCAAAAGCUUUCUAUAUGCGUACAUCUCCCGAAUACAAAGAUGCCACCGAGUUGUGGGAAUUGUGUGUAAAUACUAAAAAUCGUAUUAUGGAAGAGUACGAGGAUCCAGAACCCAAGGGAAAACUUAUUCUAAAAGUUGGGAGAUUGGCAAGAAGAGCAACAGCAAGACAGGAGGAUGCUGAAGACACUUCUGAGAGCUCUGCAAAUCUCGAUGAGGAAACUAUGCAGCUCUUUGAAGACUUAUUCGCAGCAGUUAUGACAGCAACUGAUCCAACUGAUAACAAUCGGCCUCUUCAUAUUAUGUUUCAACUCAAACCAUCGAAAAAAUUGUAUCCAGAAUAUUACGAUGUAAUUGAAACACCAAUUGAUUUGAAAACCAUUGCAAGAAAAAUUCAAGAGGGUGCAUAUAGUUUAAUCAGCGAUAUGGAGAAAGAUCUAAUGCUUAUGUGUCGUAACGCUUGUCAGUUUAACGAGCCCGGUUCUCAGAUCUAUAAAGAUGCAAAACAAUUGAAGAAAAUAAUUACCGCAGCCGCGAAAAGGCAAGACAGCGGGCUAGGCGGUAACACUCCUAAGAUCGCGACAACCGCACCGUCGACGAGAAGCAAGAGAGGUAAUCGCACUAUGGCACAAGCGUUAAUAGCACAAACUGCGGCAUUACCGGACGAAGAUGACGAGAGUGACGACGAGGAAGAGGAUCCUGGCGAAACUGAAGAGGCUGAUAAUCCGCAAUGGCAACUAUUUCAAACUAUUCGUACUGCUCCUAAUAAUCAAGGUGUAAGAAUGAGUGAAUAUUUUUGGAAACUUCCAUCAAAAAGAUUAUAUCCUGAUUAUUAUAAGACGAUUAAGAAUCCUAUAUCUUUAUUACAAAUACGUACAAAAAUUAAGAGAGGUGAAUAUGGUACUGUUAGUGAAGUAGCUGGAGAUAUGAAUAUCAUGUUUGAAAAUGCUAAGAAAUAUAACAUGCAUACUUCUCGAUUGUAUAAGUGUGCUGUUAAAUUGCAAAAAAUAAUGCAAAUGAAAGUACAAGAGCUUCUAGAAUUUGAUCAGGAUUCAGAUUCGGACAACAGCUCUGAAAAUAGUUCGCAACAGCCUAAAUUAAUCAAACGUGCUCCAAAUCUUUUGACGCGAGGAAAAUAUAAAGAUAACAUACCGCUGAAAAAAAGAUUGUAUGCGUUAGUUAAGUGUGUCAUAGAAUAUGUUUGCGAAGAUGGUCGGCAACCUAUGAUGAUGUUUAUGGAAAAACCGUCGAAAAAAUUGUAUCCCGAUUAUUACCAAGUAAUAGCAGAGCCCAUAGACAUGCUGGCGAUCGAGGCUAAUAUCAAAGCGGAAAAAUAUCAGAAUGAAAACGAAUUGUUGCAGGACUUUAAGUUGAUGUUUAAUAAUUGCCGGCAAUAUAACGAAGAAGGUUCGUUGAUAUACGAGGACGCUAAUACAUUGGAAAAAGUUCUUAUGGAUAAGGUAAAGGAAUUAGGACCCUUGCCCGACACUCCCAAGUCCAAAUCCGCCGCGUCAACCCCAACUAGAAAUGUCGGGAGGCCGAAAAAAGUAGUGCCGCUUCAUCUGCAAAAGUUGCGAACCCUGUACGAUACCAUAAAAGAUUAUCACGACACAAAAGGACGGCAAUUGUCGUUAAUUUUCAUGAAAUUACCAAAUAAAAACGAAUACCCAGAUUAUUACGAAGUAAUAAAGCAGCCGAUACACAUGGAGAAGAUAGCUUCGACUUUGAAGAAUAACGGAUACGAAACAUUGGACGAGCUGGUCUCUGACUUUAUAUUAAUGUUCGACAAUGCGUGCAAGUAUAACGAACCGGAUUCGCAAAUAUAUAAGGACGCUUUAAUUCUUCAAAGAUUAGUGUUGCAAAGCAAAAUCCAGUUGAGUGAGGAUGAUGAGAGUGUUCCUGAUGUGCCAGCAGCUAUACAGGAAUUAUUGGCAACAAUAUUCACCGCACUUUACAAUCAUCAGGAUGAAGAGGGAAGAUGUUACUCGGAUUCUAUGGCAGAACUUCCAGAGCAUGACAUUGUUGAUGGCAAAAAGAUACGAGGAUUGUCAUUGGACUUAAUAAAAAGAAGAUUGGACAGAGGAGUUUACAAAAGGUUGGAUCGAUUUCAAGAAGAUGUCUUUACAUGCCUAGAGAGAGCACGAAAGUUAUCGCGCACAGACUCACAACCGUUUGAGGACAGCGUGGAGCUUCAGGCAUUUUUUUUACGCACUCGUGAUGAAGCAACGCGUGACUUGUUACAUUCGCCUGCGCUAAAUUAUACGCUCAUCGACCUGUCUUCUCAAGUUACAGAACUGAAACGAAUCAAACAGCAACAGGAAUUAAAUUUACCUAACGAAGAUGAGAGCUGUGAUGGAAAUGAAACAAAAGAUUCUGAUACAAAUACAAAUGCCGAAACAAAUAGUGAUAAUGGAGGUUCUAUGAGUUUCAAUCAGGAAGUGUACAGAGCUGGCGAUUUUGCGUACAUUGAACCUACGGAAAGAGGCAUGGAGUACAGUGUGGUUCUCAUAGAGAGGCUUUGGACAAAUUCGGAAGGCCAGCAAAUGUUGUACGGGAAUUUAUUUUACAGACCAAGCGAGACCUAUCAUGUGGCGUCGCGAAAAUUCUUAGAUAAAGAAUUAUUCAAAAGUGAUGCUCAUGUUGCGGUACCGUUAGCGAAAGUAGCUGGCAGAUGUUGCGUUUUAAGUGUCAAAGAUUAUUUCCGUAUGCAGCCUGAGGGAUUUCUCGAAAAAGAUGUUUACGUGUGCGAAUCACGCUACUCCACGAAAGCCAGAGCUUUCAAGAAGAUCAAGGUUUGGAAUUUUGAUCCCGAUCAUUUGAAGCUGAUCCCGAGAGAGAAACUUCUAGAACCGAAGCGAGUGAUCUCUGUAUAUAAGGAAAGAUUAGAAAAACACAAAGAAGAAAUUGCAGAAUUGGAAGAGGGGGAAAAAUUGUCGGAGAAAGAAAGACCUAAUGUAAUAUUAUAUAAUCCGGAUGAUACGGAAAACACGUAUUAUGAACAGUACAAUACAUGCGCGGGUCCUGUAAAAACCGGCGAUUUUGUUUACGUAGCAACAGACGGAGGCAGGCAACAAAUAGCACAAAUCGAUGCUAUAUGGUCUACCAAAGACGGGAAAUGUUAUUUCAAAGGUCCAUGGUUGUUGAUGCCCACAGAAGUGCCACAUACACCUACGAAGUUAUUUUAUAAACAAGAAUUGUUUUUAUCCACCGUAGACGGUACUCAUCCUAUUGUAGCUAUUGUUGGAAAAUGUGCUGUUUUGGAUUUCGGAGAAUAUACGUGUAGCAGACCGACAGAGAUUCCAGAAGACGACGUGUUCAUUUGCGAAUCGCUGUAUGACGAGAGCAAAAACUUAAUAAAGAAAUUAGGUCCGGAAGGUUUGAAGAAGUUCAAUCAUUCGCCGACAGUGACCGAGGAUGAAAUCUUCUUUUUUCGAAGACCGAUUAAUCCUGCCAAAAUCUCGAGCGAUGUGGCUCAGACGCAAAAUCAAGUCAAGCCCGUCACGCCCAGCUCGGCCCAGUUUGAAAUGGAAGCGUCACCAUUGUUACCGAAGCUGGAACCAGAUGUACUAAGCAUGGGGGUAGGAUUGGGAGUGGGAGUGGGAGUAGGAGUUGGGGAGGACAGCAUGGAUGCUGGUGGUCCACCAUCCGUUGGAUCUGCAGAAGCUCAACCGGUGCUCUCCAAUACUCAAACACCUGUAUCGACCAAAAAGAAAACGGCCGGUAAGAAAUUAGUUACGGGCUAUAUUUUGUAUUCGAGUAAAAUGCGAACGCAGAUUACACAAAACUAUCCUGAAUCGUCCUUCGGGGAGAUUAGCAGAAUUGUUGGCAAUGAGUGGAGGAGAUUGCCGGCGGGAGAGAAGCAAGCCUGGGAGGAGCGAGCGAUCAAAAUGAACGAGGACGGUGGCCAAAUAAAAGGAACGGCUUCGGUCGGCACAAACGCCACGCAAGAUGUAGUGUACGAAUGCUGUUGGGACAACUGCGACUGGCAGUUCGAGGACAUGACCGAUUGCAUCGAUCAUUGCAUCGCGGAGCAAAAUGGUCACGUUCAGUCGUCGUUCGUCAAUGCACCUAGUGAUGUGGAGUAUCAGUGCCAAUGGCGCGGUUGUGGCAGAACAAAGAAAUCUGUUCCGCCGUUUCCAAGUGUACAGAGACUCGCAAGGCAUGUGAAAGAAGUGCAUAUUCUCAAGUCGCAUGGACGUAUAAUACCACCUUCCGAAAGAAGCAAAAAUUACAUGCCGUCAAAAGGACCUACGGUAUUACCGCCGAUGGAAACAGAAACUUCAGCCGCAGCAACUCAGACAAGCAACUUGCCUGCCGCUAAGCAACCGGAACCGAUGUUUGUUGCAGUACCACCUAGACCAAGUCGCGUAUUACACUCGGACGCCUACUUAAGGUACAUCGAAGGAUUAAACGUGGAGAAUCGUUACAUAUCAAAUUGGGACAAGCAAAUGAAUGCCAGUCCCGAUAACACUCAGAUUCCCGACAUGACGAAGCUACCCGCCGAAUGGCUGGGAAAUGGCGUUGGUAAUCACGGUAAUGUAGUGAACGCCUUGUGGACACUGAGAAACAUGAUGAUGCGGGAUGUGUUGGCCAUCAAUAAAACUUUAUAGUUUAUAAACUAUUAAAGAUUUUUAUAAUUUUUGCCGCGCAACAUGCAACCUACAUUAUUACAUAGAGAUCCGUGAUGAUAGAUGAAAGACUGAUGAUACUUCAAUCAUUUGAGACUCUAUAAAUAAUUUAUAUUUAUGCUCUAUUCUAUAAGAACUGUCCUCGAUUUUUCGUCUGGUGCACAUGUUCCUUCUUAGAAAAAUUAUACCCAUUCAGGCAAUAAGUAAACUAACAUUUAAACGGUGAUGUGUCGAUUGCGCUACAUAAAUAGUUCGCCGUUAGUUGCUAUUAGACGCAUAAAUCGAGAUCACUUUCUCUCAUGGAAUAGAGAAUAACAAUUCUUUUUUUUGUUUGUUUUAUUAAUACUUAAAUUUUUUUGUCAUAAUUCUUAAGUUUAUGUUUAGUGAUGUGUAUUUCAAACGUUGAGUUAGAACAGGCUUGUAGAGAGUUUGCACUUUCAGGCACGGCUGUGACCAAAAGUGUCAACUUUUUGCAAGCCUGAGUUAGAGCAAAGAGUUGAUUUUGUUUGAGAUAUUUAAAUCGAAAUUUUAAGCUUGCAACUAGCAAAAAACUUCGUUUUUUUUUUUUAAAUAAAUGUUUGUUUAGUCUUCUGUUUUUAUAUCUAUAAAUAAAUUUGGAUUCUUAACGCUUUUAACACUAUUGUUUGAAUAUACGAUAUGUGUGUACAUAACAAAAAAAUCGUACUAUUAUAGAAAUUCCUCAUUACGUGUAAAUACAUCUAUCAAUUUUCAUUUUUAAUUCUCGAAAGAAAAUUUUAUACUCUUUCUGUAUAGCGCAAGGUAAUACAUAUUCUUAUAUUAAGAAAAAUAUAAAACUUUGAAGUUU